AAUGCUUCGUAUUGUCAUAAGUAAUCGAUGUAUCAGAAGCAAUGGACAGACACAUUCAACGCCAACUUGGCAACUCUGGUUGACUUUUAACAGGAUUGAGUGGGUCUUUUAACAGUGGACUUUUAAGGCCAUUUAUGACCAGUUAAAAUAUGCAGAGUAACAGAGAAAUUGUUUCAAUAUAGUAAAAGUGUAUCCACGGUAUGGAGAACUAUGAGAUAAAGACCACGAUUGGCGAAGGCACCUACGGUGUUGUCUACAAGGCGCUGAAUCGCUCGACUGGGAAAUUCGUGGCCUUGAAGAGCGUGAAACACAUUCCUGGGGUGGAGGGCUUGCCGUCGACUGCCAUCAGGGAGAUAUCGCUGCUGCGGGAGCUGAAGCAUCCCAACAUAGUCACGCUGCUGGACGUCGUGAUCGUGGACAGCAGCAUAUGCUUGAUACUCGAGUACCAUUCCAUGAGCCUGCGGCAGUACCUCGAAACGCUGCCAGCCAGCCAACUGAUGGACCUUAAGCUGGUCGGCAGCUUCCUCUUCCAGAUGACCAGCGCCAUUCUCUACUGCCAUCGGCGACGCGUGAUGCACCGGGAUCUGACGCCGCAGAAUAUGCUGAUCGAUGGAGUGGGCCGCAUCAAGCUGGCCGACUUUGGCCUGGGCUGCUGUUUCCAGCUGCCCAUGCGCGCGCUCACCCACGAGGUGGUCACGCUCUGGUACCGGGCGCCCGAGAUCCUCAUGGGCUGCCCGAGGUACGCCUGCCCCGUGGACAUCUGGUCCAUUGGCUGCAUCUUCUUUGAGAUGAUCACGAAGCGGCCCCUGUUUCGUGGCGACUCGGAGAUAGAUCAGCUCUUCUGCAUAUUCCGCUUGCUGGGCACCCCCAACGAGCAGUCCUGGCCGGGCGUAUCCACACUGCCCGACUACAAGAGCACCUUUCCCAAGUGGACAAGCAAUCAGCUGACCCAGCUGAUGGCAGAUCUGGACAUCUACAAUUCCGCUGUCGACCUGUUGGCCAAGAUAAUCGUCUAUCAGCCAGCGAAGCGCUUGUCCGCUGAGCAGAUCCUAGAGCAUGAGUACUUCAAGGAGCCGCCAGCGCCUUACACUCCCUGACUGUCAAUAAAAGUUUUGUUAACGCGCACGUGCUAAUCGGCUUUAUUAACGGAUUUUUGAGCACGCGUGUAAAAUUAAUUGAAUUAUUUUACGCUACGCUUGAAGCUCAUCACAUCACAUCACAUCGCGUCACAAAAGCGAGCCAAAGUUAACAGGCGAGACUUAUGCUCGAGUGCCCGAAGGGUCACAGAACCCUCGAGUCUGUGAUCCGUGCACAGUGGGUCGAGAUUUUGUCAGAAGGCGCUGCGCUGGCACACUGUCCUGCUUGGACAGGCAGUUAAUCUCUUCUCUUCAUUAAAUAUUAUUUUUUAAUUUUCCUUAAGGUAUUUUCCGCUCUUGGCCUACGCUUUUUUUCCACUGAGUGAUUGGCAGUCGGGCGUUAAGAAAAACAAACACAGUAAGCGAAUUCAUGGAAUGGGAAUUUUAAUUGCCCUGAAGCCAUGUAGCACAGUGUACAGAGUGUCAGAAAAAGACUGAAAAAUACCCGCAAUAAAAAAUUGAUCGCCAGAAAUUAAAAAUAUUUUUGUUAAAUAUUAUAAAGUUAUUUCAAGCUUCAAUAACAUAUAAACAGUUUUAAGGAACGUAUGUAUUUAUGUAUAUGUUCUGUAAAUUCAUAUAUUUAAAUUUAAAAAUAAAGUAA